ACGGACAACACACAACCGGAAGUACUUCUAACUGGAGCGCGUGACUCUGUCUUUUUAAAAUGGUGACUGGUUGGCGCGAUAAUUCUGUCUGAGUGUUUUUGUCUUCAUGGUAGAGUUUAAGGAAGUUUGAUAGAGAGCUAGCUGUGUUUGUGAGAGUUUAAAAUGUCUAAAGUCCACACACUGAGAGGUUUAGUGAAGCAGAGACUGACUGCGGCUGCUGAAGAGAUAUUUGAGCUGUUUGAAAGAACGAUAGCAGAGUACGAGGAGCAACUUAGUCGAUCAGCAGAGGAGAACCAGCGACAACAGAAACUACUGGACGCUGUUUACAACCCGGAAGCAGUGUUUCCUGCAGACGUCCAGCAGCUGGUUGAGAGUAAAGAAGAGGUUCCCUCCAAGCAGCAGGAGAGGAGCUCCAAUCCGGACCAGGAGGACCCACCAGAACCACCACACAUUAAAGAAGAACAGGAGGAACUGUGGAUCAGUCAGGAGGGAGACCAGCUCCAAGGACUGGAGGAGGCUGAGACUACCAAGGUCACUUUCACUCCUGUCCCUGUGAAGAGUGAAGGUGAUGAUGGAGAGAAACCUCAGCUCCUUCACCGGUUUUAUCAAGCUGAUGGAGAGGACUGUGGAAGACCAGGACCAGCCAAGAACCCAGAUCCAGAGAGAAAUUUAAGACCAGGAUGUAGAGAUUGUUCUGAACCUGUGACGGACAACAGCGAUGAUUGGAGAGACGCAGCAGAAUAUCAGUCCACGUUGAAGAUCCACAAAAGACCGAAGCCUGGCGAGAAGUCCUACAGCUGCUCUGAGUGUGGGAGAACAUUCAAGAAGAAACGCUUUCUGACCAAACACAUGAGAGUCCACACCGGAGAGAACCCCUUCAGCUGCUCGGCAUGUGACAAAAGCUUCAUGAGUAAGCAGGGUCUGAGAUCCCACAUGGUGCAGCACGGCGGGGAGAAACCGUACAGCUGCAGGGGCUGUGACCAGAGGUUCUCCUGGUGUCAACAGUUAAAGAGACACAAGUGUGUCGGGGGUCCGGCUUCAGCUUCAUUAGGACCAAUCAGUGAUGAGGAGUGCAGUGAACUCCAGUUGUUUCCUGCAGACGUCCAGCAGCUGGUGGAGAGUAAAGAAGAGGUUCCCUCUGAGCAGCAGGAGUGGAGCUCCAGUCCAGACCAGGAGGACCCACCAGAUCCACCACACAAUAAAGAGGAACAGGAGGAACUGUGGAUCAGUCCGGAGGGAGAGCAGCUUCAAGGUCCGGAGGAGGAGGAUAUCAACAACAUCUUUGUUGAACCUCACAGAGAGUGCGGAAAAACAUUCAAAGAGAAACAGCAUCUGAACGUCCACAUGAGAAUCCACACCGGAGAGAAACCCUUCAGCUGCUCUGUGUGCAGCAGAACUUUCACCCAACAGUGGCAUCUCCACCGUCACACCAGGGUCCACAUGAGAGAGGAACCCUUCAUCUGCUCCGAGUGCGGGAAGACAUUCAAGGACAAAGGGAACCUAAAAAGUCACCUCAAAAUCCACAUGGGAGAGAGACCCUUCUGCUGCUCCGUGUGUGGGAAACGUUUCCAUCAGAAGGUGUCUCUGAACAUACACGCAAAGAUCCACACGGGAGAGAAAUCCUUCUGCUGCACCAAGUGUGAUAAACGCUUCACGAGUAAGCCCAACCUGAGGUCGCACAUGGUGCAGCAUGGGGAGGAGAAACCCUACAGCUGCUCCGUGUGUGAGCUUAGAUUCAGUUAUCACAGGCAGCUGAAGAGCCACACGUGUGUCAGCGGGCAGGCGCCUGACUAUACGCUUUAAGUCUGCCUCCAGGACAGUGACUGAUAGACGAAUCCAAAGAGGAGGGGCCUGAUAACUGAAGGCUCUACCUCCCAUACUACUUUUAGACACCUCAGGUACAACAAGCAGGCUGUAAGUCAACUUUUCGUAGUUUCCUCUGACGCCCUGAAAUCUUAAUAAGCCUCUUUUUCAUUAUGAUCAGUAUACAUGUACCAUUAAGGCGAUCUAGGCUCUUCUGCAUCUUUCUGGCCCCGGUCUAUCUUCCUUCAAGAGAGGAACGUUGAGCACAGAGAGGUUCCUGCAUGGACUUACAGCCCUGACUGCAACGUUUUUAAAGGCUCGUGUACUGAUUCAGACGAACCCACUUCCACUGAGUCAAACUCGCAGUCACACCAAAGUCACGACUCCAUCAGCAGCCGAUUGCUAUGAAAACAGUGCCUUGUCCUUGAGCGCCAUUUUUACAUUAAUUUAGCAGCUUUUUUUAAAAUCACAGAAUGAAUUUAAGUGUAUUUAAAUCAUACGUAUGAAUCUUUGUUUGUUAUGUGUGUUUCCUGUGUCGGGAUACAGUGUUUGUGAGGACUUCUGCUGCUAACGGGCAAAUUCCACCAGAUCUGUGUCCGCUCCGUCACAGCACCGGAUCUGAUAGGUUUCUAUACUAGUCAGUGUGUUGACUUCCACUGGAUCCAGGAGUGCGGGAAAUGUUUCCACGAAAGAGGGCAUCUCAUACGACACAUACAGACUCACGCUGAAGAGAAACCCUUCACCUGGGGGAACAAAUUUAACCAGAGGUAGCAUCUCAGCAGACACACGAGUGUUCACCCAGCAGAAAAAAACCCUCCAGCUACUCCGAGGUUCCUUCUGCAGGGACGCAAAAAACUCACACGAGAGAGAUACUGGUCCGCUACGGAUCCUUCAGAGGAGAGCCGUCUCACAGGGUUUAUUUUUAUUCUGACUCUAGUUUGUCUUUAUUAUGUGAAUAUAUAUUUGUAACUGAGCUGAUGAAAGCAAUAAAUGAAAACUGUGGGACAGUAUAA